GUUAUAAGUGUAGUUAUCAGUUUGGCCGCCAAGUUUGAUUUCCUUCCUUUAAGUCGGACGCUCGAUCCUUUUCUGGUCUCAUCUUUUUUUUCGCACCUCAGGUGUUUUUUAUUAGAUUUAUAUUACAUGUUAUCUUGUAGAAUGAUAUUAUUUCAAUCGCAUUUUUUAACAGACUAUUUUACAUAUGCUUAGCUCGGUUGAUCUUGGACAGCAAAACGUGCUUUAACAACAAAUGUUUUGUACGCGCCUUCGGAACUAUUCGUUGUGCCAAUUUCAGAAUAUUUACACUUACAACUAGAUCUAUCAAGAAAAAAAUGAUAAGGAUGCCACGAUUGUUAAUCGUAGGAAGUGGUGUUACUGGUGCAUUAACAGCCAGUUUAGUGAGGCAGGAACGGAAAGAUCUUGAAAUCGUUGUUUGGGACAAGGCCAAGGGUGCAGGUGGGCGAAUGAGCACAAGUCGCAGUCCUACCAGUCCUUCCUGUAUUGCUGAUCUUGGUGCUCAGUAUUUGACAGCUACACCUGAUUAUGUUAGAAGUCAUGCACAGUUUUAUGAAGACUUGAUUGAAAGUGAGCUACUACAACCUAUGAUUAGUAAGUUUGAAGGCAUGAAGAAAGUAGCAUCAGGGACACUUAAUUUUGUUACUCCUAAUGGAAGUGGAUCUUUGGUCAAAUAUUACUUAAAUAAAUCUGGAGCUGAGGUUCACUUUGAGCAUGAAGUGGAAAGCAUUCAGAGAAGUGAGAAGUCUCACUGGCUGGUGACCACAUCAUCAGGAGCUUCUGAGAAGUUUGAAGCUGUGGUUAUGACAGUGCCAGUGCCUCAACUGUUUCAGUUGAAAGGUGCAGUUCCAGAGCUUCUUGCACAGAGCCCUGAAAUUACAGAGAAGCUGAAGAACAUUUUUUUCUCUUCGCGUUAUGCCUUGGGUUUGUUCUAUGAUGAUUGUCCUGGCUUCCUGAAUGAUUUACCUUGGGCAGCUAAAUACUUCCCUGAUGACCCAAUGAUCAGGUUUAUUGCAGUAGAUAACUUCAAAAGAGGAUCAGUUGAUCAGCUUCCAGCUGUUGUUGUUCACACAUCAGUAACCUUUGGUCAGUCGUAUUUAGAGGAUGACAAAGACAAAGUACAAGGACUUAUUGUAAACCAUCUUCCUGAAUUAUUGCCUGGUUUUGUUCCUCCAUCAAGCAUGAAAUGUCAGCGCUGGAGAUAUUCCCAGGUGAAAUGUCCAUUUGAAAAUACUCCUGGGUGUGUAACUCUUCAAGAAAGCCCAUUACUGGCAUUAGGAGGUGAUAGCUUCACCCACUCAAAUUUUGAUGGUUGUGUUGAUUCUGCAAUCAAGAUUGUGGAGGAGAUCUUGAAGAAGCUUUAAGAGAACUUGAAGUGGUCUGGUCAUAUUAGUUAUCUUCCUUACCACACAAACCAAUGAGUAGUGAGUUGUGAGGACUUCAACCUAUCAGUUAAGUUAUAAGCUGUUUAUGUUUGCAAGCUAAUUGUGUGAUAAGAGGUGUGUACAAGCAGCCCAAAUAAAUAUAUCUGGGGAAUAUAAUUCCAUUAUAUUUUAUGUCAGUACCAGGUUUUCUAUAUUUUGGUGACGUCAAAUCUUUAUAAGACAUUGUUUAUAUUUAAUAUUUAUGUUCACAUUUUAACAAAAUUCUGAAUUUUAAAGGAGAAUACUACAUCAUAAUACAAGACACACAUUACACAGUUGUUACAAUUUAUGUUACAUUUAAGUCAGUGUUUUACUAUUUACUACAUCCCAAAUUAAUAACCAUCCAGUAUCUUUGAUGAAAUUUAGGAUAUAACAUCGUUUUUGAAUUUUGUAUUUGUGGUAAGGUUGUGAUGAUUGGAAUCUAAACAUUAGUAACUUAUAUGAUUACUUAGUUCUUUUAUGAAUAUAUUACUACUUAAUGAUUUCUUACUGAUUUAUUAGUGUUCUACUGUUUGAUUGCUGUCAUCAUCUUAUGAGUUUUGAGGAUGGAUAAUACUUUUCAUGUGGGAAAGUUGUGAUUUGAAUGUAUAUGUACCAUUAGUGAGCAGCAACCAGAAGAAUUAAGUUUUACUUGCAGCUUUGCUACAUAAAAUAAAAACAUUGGAAAUACACCAAUCACAGCUACUUACAUAAAAACAAUAAGUAUCAAAAGUUUUUUUAUCAAAUUCACACACUGAGCUACAAAUGAUGGUGUAUAUAUAUAUAUAUAUAUA